AUGUCCAGUCUUCUCCAAGAGAGAGUCAAGUGUGCUUCGCUGCUCAAGAAGAUUGUCAAGGAUGCCAGAGAAUUGGUUCCACUUUUUAAACAUGGUGAUUAUAUCGGUAUGAGUGGUUUUACAGGUGUUGGAUAUCCUAAAGUUGUCCCACAGGCUCUCGCUGACCAUGUUGAAAAGAACCAACUUCAAGGACAGUUGAAAUUCAAUCUUUUCGUUGGAGCCUCAUUGGGUGCUGAAGUAGAAGACAGAUGGGCCAAACUCGAUAUGAUUGAUCGUAGAUAUCCUCACCAAGUCGGAAAGAACAUCCAAAAGGGUAUCAAUGAAGGUAGAAUUAGAUUUUCAGAUCAACAUUUAUCCAUGUUCCCUCAAAAUUUGGCUUAUGGAUUCUACACAAGAGAAGCCUCUAAUCAAAAGAGUCCAAUCAAUUAUGCCAUUAUUGAGGCAACCGAAAUUAAGGAAGAUGGCACCCUUAUUUUGGCUGCUAGUGUGGGUGCUACACCAGAAAUUCUUCAAAAAGCUGAUAAGAUUAUCAUUGAGGUCAAUACGGCAUUGCCAUCCUUUGACGGAAUCCAUGAUAUUUAUGAAGUUGCCGAUCCUCCACACAGAAAACCAUUCUUGAUUGAAAAGGUUCAAGACCGUAUUGGUACUCCAGGACUCAAGAUUGAUAUGAGCAAGGUUAUUGCUGUAGUAGAAAGCAAUCGUCCAGAUAACACUGGUGGUAAUACUCCAGAGGAUGAGACCAGCAAACAAAUUGCAAGGAACCUUACUGAAUUUUUAAUGACAGAGGUAGAUGCCAAGAGACUUCCAAAGGAAUUAUUACCUCUUCAAUCCGGAAUUGGUAACAUUGCCAAUGCUGUCAUCUCUGGUAUGGUUGAAUCUCCUUUCCAGAAUUUGACUGUGUUCACUGAAGUUCUUCAAGAUUGUUUCUUAAACUUGUUCGAGGCUGGAAAGUUAGAUUUUGCUUCUGCAACCUCAGUAAGAUUGUCUAACCAAGGAUUUGACAAGUUUUAUGCUGAUUGGGAAAAUUACAAGAAGAAGAUUGUUUUGAGACCUCAAUCAAUUUCUAACGCUCCCGAGUUGAUUAGAAGAUUGGGAGUUAUUGCGAUGAAUACUCCUGUUGAGAUUGACAUUUAUGGUCACGCAAACUCAACAAUGGUUAAUGGUUCAAGAAUGAUUAACGGUUUAGGUGGUUCUGGAGACUUUUUGAGAAAUGGUAAACUCUCAAUUAUGCAUACUCCUUCUGUUCGACCAUCAAAGAACGAUCCACUUGGUAUUACUUGCAUUGUACCAAUGGUGACACACGUAGACCACACAGAACACGAUUUGGACGUGUUCGUAACUGAAUACGGUUAUGCAGAUAUGCGUGGCUUGUGUCCAAGAGACAGAGCUAGGCUUGUUAUUGAAAAGUGUGCUCACCCAGAGUAUAGACCUAUUUUGCUUGAUUAUUACGAAACCUGUCUCAAGAAGUGUUUGAAAGCAGGAUCUGCUCAUGAACCUCAUGAUUUGAGUGUUGUUUUUAAGAUGUAUCAAAAUCUGCAUGAAAACGGAACCAUGAGAAUUAACAAGUGGUGGUAA